AUGCCCUUGAGCCUUCUCCUUGCACUGGCUGUGCUGGCUGCGUGCCUGCCGGGGGUCGAGAACCGAGGGCAGAGCUAUCUCGAUGUUGCUCUGCAGUGGUCAAGUCCGGCAAGAAUGGCUGGUUCAAGAUCGCAGGCCGCGUUUGUGCCCUCCUUGGUCCCUCCUGGCUCUGCCAUGCGUCGAGAAGCAGCUUGCAGAGUCCAUGGGAGGGUCACUGUGCAAGCCAGAAGAAAGAAGAGCGAGAUCCCGUCGAUGCCCGAGGAGCAACUCGACAACUCCACUGCGAGCAAGAAGUCGGGCAAGAAGCAGGAAAACCCUAUCCUCGGUGAGUUCGUAGCCAAGGCGUACGUCCUCCUCCGUGAGGCUGGCGGCAAGCUGGAGUCGACCAAGUUUCAGAAGCGAUGGCUGUACAACUACCCGACCGACAGCCUUGAGAGAUACAAGAACGGAAAGAAGAUCUCUCUCCGGCAGCUGAUGAUGCAGUGCGGCGACAUCUUUGCGGUGGAGGACGUGCCCAACUCUCGCACGAAGCUCUUCUGCAUCAACGAGCGGAGCCAGGCGCCAGCUGAGAGCAAGAAGUCCAAGAGGAAGAAGACGUCCCAGCAGGGCCCCGAGGGCGAGUUCACCUGGGUCUCAACGGAUGUCAACUGGGCGGAAUCGCCGUUUGUAGGGAAGAAUCGAGUUGAUAUCCUGCGGGAGUCGGAGCUGAACAAAACCUCUGCUGAUCACGCAAGGGCGAUGCUGAACGGGAUGAGGGACGCGCUCUUGCGGGAAGCCGAUGGAGACUUCUACAGCGUGAUCGACGAUUUCACGGACGAGUCGGAGGAGACCAUCGUAGGGCCUUGCUGCGAGCUGUUCGUAGGGGACGACGCGUAUGCGGCGAACGUGAAGAAGAGCCUGGAGCUGAUGGAGCAGUUCAAGAGCCUCGGGCUGACCUUCGGCAACGUCAUCACCUACAACGCCCUCCUGGAGUCUUGUGCUCUUGCUGCUCGAGACGAGAGCCAUGUGUUCGCUGCGACGGCGCUGUCGGUGCUCGAUAUGAUGCGGGAGAACGGAGUGCGGCCGAAUGCUGCGACUUAUAUAGCAACCAUCAAGGCUUGUGCGAAAUCAGGAAGUGGGUUGACCAGCGGCAUCUUCAAGGCAUUUUCAGUCUUCCAGGAGAUGCAAGAUGCUGGCUUCGAACCAGACGAAGAUCUCCUCAACUUCAUGCUCGACACUUGUAUCAAGGAAACUCAGCACAGCAACGGGCUUGCGGUCGAGAAAGGUCUCAAGGUGUUGGAGCUCAUGCGAGAGAUUCCCAUCAUGCCUGACCCCAGCCGGCAUUACUGCUCCUAUGGCACCCCCUUGAAUUGCAAAGACAGACCAGCUGUGUAUUACUUGUUUAAAGUAUGCAUCGGCUCACAGAUGUCUUUGCAGGAUUUUACGGUAACGAGAUCCUUGAAACGGCACAGAGCUCACUGGGAUACUCUCCAAACAUGUGUUUGGGGACCUAGGUGUCUGGCGUUUAUCUCUUCCAUUCCGGAGGAGAGCGAGUGGUGCAACUGGUGUCGGGGCAAAGUCGUAGAGCUCAUGGAGGAAGCUGGUUUGGACUACAACUACAUCCGAGAGGGCAUGGAAAUCGCGAGGAAAGAGAAGCGUGAAUGA